AUGGCCUUACACGAGGGCUUUGAGCCUCUGAGCAUGUGCAAAGCGCUCCCGCCUAGGCAAGAAACAGCCUUUCCUCUGCAAAGGGGCGGUGCCCCCCAGGUUGCGAUUGACAGUCCAUUGGGCCAAUCGGAAGAACCGCUUGGUUACGUAAACAGACGGGUGAGUCAGGAAUAUUUGAGGCUCCAUUCGCGAGGCCGGGGCGUGGCUCGUCACGCCACGCUGGAUUGGCGUUCGGAUUAUCCAAUGGCAGGCGAGGAGCGCUCAGGGAAGGCGCGAGCUGACGUUUCAUUGGAGCAGCUCUCGCUCCAAGCGAGCGACGCGCUUUUGGGCCGGCCUGGCACGCCCGCGGCUCCAUCCAAACCGCGAAGCAGCGGGAUUGAGGAGGCGGGACGACGCCUCAUUGGAUCUUUCACCUUGAUGGACAGGCUUCAGAGCCAAACAAGGGCUGGGUGGGUGCGAGCGGGUGAGGAAAUUGCGCCAAAAGGACGAAGAGCGAGGACUGGUGAGGGAGCGCGGGGGGGGCGAACAGCGCACGGCCGCGCCCCCUCGCGUGACGUCAACAGCCGGGUCCUCCUCGCGUUCAUUUUCCGGUCGGCAGGCGAGGGUCGCGGAGGGCUGCCCGGGGGCGCCCUCCUCCCGCGUGACCCGCAACAACAGCCCCGCGAGGCCUUGUUGUCUCCAUCAGAGAAAAGUAAAGAUUGGAGUGUCCCCAAUCCUAGCUGGAGCCAGGAGAUGAUCCGCCAGUUCAACCGAUACGUCGAGAUGACCAAAGAUGGAAGUUGGCAGAAGCUGCCAUCUUACAGGAACUUCUGUGAGCAUUCUGCAGAAGGGCACCAGAAGCAUGAAUUACGAAAACUAGGAAACCGCCUCUUUCUCAGAAGCAUUGACGAGGAGGGCAUGGGGUUUGAGUACGCGAUGUUUCUGAACCCUCUGGAGAAAAGGAUCGUUUGCGUGCUCCAGGUGGGGCCCUAUCUUGAAGGACCUUCAGGAUUUGCCCACGGCGGCUCCAUUGCCACUAUCCUCGACAGCACGCUGGGGGGGUGCGCCCUCUGCUUCAACCCCAAAGUGGUGACCGCUAACCUCAGCAUAAACUAUAAGAGCCCCAUCGCUCUGUGCUCCGUGGUCUUGGUAGAAGGCAGGCUGGAGAAGACGGAGGGCAGGAAGGUGUUCGUCAGCGGCGAAGUCCGGAGCGUGGACGGGCAGACUGUCCACGCAGACGCCACUGCUCUCUUCAUCCAGCUGCAGCCCAGCUUUUCACCCCAGGAAAAAGCAGAAUCCAAGUAGCAGGGCAGAGCCCAACAGAUCCUAGCCUGCCUCCCUCUCCUGCCCCUGCCAGAGUUUCAUCAGCCUCCCGGGCUCUCUCCAGCCAUCUUCGCACAACCUGCUCGAACAACAGCGUGUGGAAAAGUACAGCCAGCCUGGUUUGGCACCGCACACACUGUCCUGGAGGGGCGCGGGGGGGGAGGCCGUGAGCCUGAAAAAGAGGGACAAUCCAUACCGCUUGUGUGGCUAUCACCUUACUGGUCCGGUCUUCCAGCCAUAGAGCUAAAUCCUGAUGGGCAUUCUCCGGCUGCUUCCAAACUAAGUCAGCCUUUUCCGGUCCUUCGAGGGCAUCUGUGUUUUUCCGCCUUCGAACGCACCGGCUCUCUCCUUUGGGGGGGGGGAGCGUUUUUGGAUCAAACCGCUGGAGUCCAAGAAGAUGGGAUGGGGAAAGGGUGACCCCUUGGGGAUGCCGAGGAACAAAUACUCCACGGUGGCGUUUGCUUGGAGCCCUGCAGCUGGCUAGAUCCCUUUUGGAAGAGGGAGAUCUCAGGGCAGAACAAGGCAUAAAGGGGGCAUGCUUAUGUGGUUGGGGUGCUGGGUGGUGUACAUAGAAAUGAGGUUCCACAAAACAGCUUCCGGCAAGUUUGGGGCUCCUGAAGAGAGGACUUGUCUGGUCGGAAAGCAUGCUACUUCAAAAUGAAUGGGACCCCAGUUCUUCUCCUGGGGGAAUGAACAGAAUUGAACGGUGUUUCUCAACCUCGGCAACUUGAAGAUGGGUGGACUUCGACUUCCAGAAUUUCCCAGCCAGCCAUGCUGAAUCAGGGGAACCCCAGUCUAUCUCCCUCUCUUGAUCUAGCAUAGACUUCUCCAAAAUGUUUGGCCACGCUGCCUGGAAUCCUGGGAACUGUAGUCUGGCGGGCACCAGGUUGGAGAAGGCCGAUGGAAGGGACCUAGGAAGGCCCCAGCUCCAUGGGGGGUACCAAAGGCUGGGGAAUUCUGGGAUUUGAAGUCCACGCAUCUUCAAGUUGCUGAGGUUGAGAAGCACUGGAGUAGAACAUCUUUCCUACAGCCCCCAAGCAGGAAAGUGUACGGUUCUGUAAUAGCACUUCAACAAAGCUUGAACGGAGACGGCGUAAAAUAUUUCUAACAAGGGGGGAAAAAAAGACGUCAGUGUGAAAUAGAACAUUUAAUUGCAAGUCCUGGAGCAAAAACCUCAGAAUUUUCAAUACUUUGUAGAACUUUGCACAGCUGUCAAAGGCAUUCUGGCCUGACUUUAGGAGGAGAAGAUUCAGCUACCGGAGCUCCUGGGGGGCAGCGCAGAGAGAACAUGGGUCUGAUGGAGUCUUGGCAGCUUUGGAUACAGCUGAGCACAACCUCCAGGAUUGUCUCUGGGAUGGGGGCCCUGCACAGUGGCUCCCCAUCUAACCUCAGGGACGAUUUUGGAGAAUAGCGUUGGGUGAGCGGGCUUCAAGGAGCGGGGCUCAAAGUGCUAUUUUGCCCGAUAACGUUGGGGCAGAAUCCCUGGGUUGGCCACCUCUGUUGUUACAGAUACCUGAGGAGGUUUUCCUCCAUGUGCUGAGAAUCAGCAUCGCCUUGCGAUCCCGGACAAGCAGGCACCUUCCAUGGGGGUGUGUGCCCUUUAUACCUUGGGGUACUGGGGAAUGCCCACCUCUUCGCCCAGCCUUCCGAGUGCCUUGGAAAUGGGUGGUUUUUGACGCUUCUUAAUGCCGUGUUCCUUUUUUACGAGCUUUUUGGAAGUUGUUUGAGCAACAGCACGGAGCUUGCCGAUGAGAAGAGAGGUAUAAAUGUAUUUAAUCGUC